CUGAAGCUUACGUCCGCUCACAAUCACAAUCAUAUUUGAUAUCAAGAUGAAAUAACCUGAAUUUUUAGAAGUUUUAAAUAAAGGAUUGUGAACCAUUUCUACGUCGUGAUCAUCUAUUUUAUCCCACAUCUUUGUGGAAAAGACGGUUUCAAUAGGGUAUACGGAUCUUUGCGUGGAGUGUGAGAAAGCAUAAAUAUUUAGUAUAAAAAUGCACGAAAUAUUUUCAUAAUGAUGUGCAAAAGACUAAUCUAUCAUCUGAUAGACUCAUCUAUUAGCUGGGCUAUGUCGCAAGAAAGAAAGAUGACCGAGAAGAUCCAAUAAGCCAAGGAGUCAGGUGAGGACACUUUUUGGAGGAUAUUUUAAUGAAACAUUCUAUUGAAAAAGCAUUCAAAGAUACCAAAGGAUUUGUGGAUUAUUGUUUCGUGAAUCUUGUAAUUUUCUUCAUCAGUAUGCUCUUCGCUCUGAUGAAGUAAAAGGUAAGAUUCAUUGGACAUUAACAUUAACAAUGGAUUACGACAUGGCGAUAACCCUCCGGCAUAUUGAAAUUAAUUUUAGUAAAGACAGCAUGAUUGACUCAAUAUAGUUUAUCGAAGAAGUCAGAAACAUAAAUACAUUGUCUCCAGAGACGACAUUCAUGAAUAGUUUGGAAAUUGGAGAAACUGGAAAGUCCACAAUUCAACUAGAAGAAGUUGGAAACAUAAAUACAUUGUUUCCUGAGACGACAUUCAAGAAUAGUUUAGAAACUGGAAAAACUGAAAAUUCCACAAUUCAACUUGAAGAAGUUGGAAACAUAAAUACAUUGUUUCCUGAGACGACAUUCAAGAAUAGUUUGGAAAUUGGAGAAACUGGAAAGUCCACAAUUCAACUAGAAGAAGUUGGAAACAUAAAUACAUUGUUUCCUGAGACGACAUUCAAGAAUAGUUUAGAAACUGGAAAAACUGAAAAUUCCACAAUUCAACUUGAAGAAGUUGGAAACAUAAAUACAUUGUUUCCUGAGACGACAUUCAAGAAUAGUUUAGAAACUAGAAAAACUGAAAAUUCCACAAUUCAACUUGAAAAAAUCUGAAACAUAAAUAUGUUGUCUCCAGAGACGACAUUCACGGAUGGUUUGGAAAUUGAAAAUGUGUGGAGCUGCAAAAUAGUUCUCCAGAAUAUACAGAAAUAUGCGCAACUCCAAGAAAAAAAAGAUAUCCUGGAGAUAUAAAUGACAAUAAUAUUAAGGAUAUAACUCCCAAAACAGCUAUAAAAUGCAUCAAGUUGUUAAAAUAAGCCUGUAUAAAAAAAAUCA